UCUGGUAUUGCUCAACUUUUCACGGGUAAAGGUACUUACUUCAUGCAAAACGGUGUUGCCGGAGCAUGCGGUGCCGUUCAUAAAGAUUCCGACUUUAUUGUCGCUUUGCAAACAGCUGAAUAUGCAAAUGGAGCACAUUGUGGAAAGCAAAUUAAGAUUAUGAACAAAGCCAACAAGAAGACCGCCACUGCCACUGUUGCUGAUGAAUGCCCAACAUGCGUUUCGCAAUACAGUGUCGACUUCUCACAAGGCUUGUUUGAAUCUAUGGCAGCUUUGUCUACAGGUGAAAUUGACAUUGAAUGGGGAUUCGUCAACUAA